AUGGCAGCAACAGUUCGGAGCUCACCGCUGGUGCGGGUGGUUGUCAAUUCGGUGCAGAAGCUAUAUCCAAAAGCCCUCGCCGACAAGUCAUGGGACAACACGGGCCUCCUCCUCGAAGCCCCCCUCCGCGCCUCCACCCCCACCCCGGCCACGCACACCAUCCUCCUCACCAUCGACCUCACGCGCGCGGUCGUCGACGAAGCCCUGCGCACCAACAGCUCCAUGAUCAUCGCCUACCACCCCAUCAUCUUCCGGCCGCUCAAGUCGCUCAGCCUGCGCGACACGCAGCAAGAGAGCCUGCUGCGCCUCGCGCAGGCGGGCAUCAGCGUGUACUCGCCGCACACGGCGGUCGACGCGGCGCUCGGCGGCGUCAACGACUGGCUGGCGGACGGCAUCUCGGGCGGCAGGGGCAACGAGGAGAGUAGAAGGGUGCUGGAGGAGAGCAUGGCCCCGCCCGACGGGUUUGAGGGCUCGGGCAUGGGCAGGCUGGUGGUGUUGAAGAGGGGGCAGAGGUUGGGGGAGUUGGUGGAGAGGGUCAAGGCGUAUUUGGGGAUGCAGCAUUUGAUGGUUGCGGCGACGGAUGCCCACAAUUCUGGGGAUGCCCACGAUUCUGGGGAUGCCCACAGUUCUGGGGAUGCAUUGAUCAGCAAGAUCGCACUGUGCGCAGGCUCCGGCGGGUCCAUGUUCAAGAACCUCGACGUCGACCUCUUCUUCACGGGCGAGCUCUCGCACCACGAAGCCCUCGGUGCGCGUGAGCGCGGCAUCAGCACAAUCUCCUGCUUCCACACAAACACCGAGCGCGGCUUCCUCGCGGCCGUCAUGAAGCCAAAGCUGCUCGGGGUCCUGAAGGAGGAGUGGGCAAGGCUCAAGGCCACGCCCGAGGGCCGCGAGUUUGCGGGGGACGCGGAGGUGGACGUGGCGGUCAGCGAGGCGGAUAGAGACCCGUAUGAGAUUGUCUAG